AUGAAUGACCACUACGAAGAUGGAGGUGAGAUGGUCGAUCUCAAUGUCCUCCACAGCCCAAGGGACCAUAGUCGCUAUACACAAGAACCCAUCACGCCCGUGACGGCGAGACCGUUGAUCAGGGGACCGGCUGGGUUCUCGGAAGAGUCUCUCCCGUCAUAUCGCUCAUAUCCAUCUGGAGUCUCAGGGCAUAAUGGACUGACGGUGAAUCGGGGCUAUGGCGAGGAAUCAGUUGCCUCUGGUGACUAUUCCCGUCCAACUACGCCAUCCUUGGUGCCAUUUCAUCAGAAUCGGUCCAGUGAUUUCAGCUACCACAGCCAGGCCACUUUGACCAAUCUGGUGAGCAAGCCGCCGUCUCCCGUUUACGCGAAGGAAUGGGUCGAGCCGGGCUCGAUCGCUCGCAUUGCCGAUCGAGACGACAAGGAAAUCUGGAGAGGAUGGAAGCGAUUCAUCUUCCGCAUCGUUCCCUUCCUGAUCUUUGCUAACACGGCCCUGUACCUGUUGUACCUGGGUCUUCGUAUUGCCUGUGUCGUCUUCGCUCAGCGGGCUCAGCGCAACACCUUUGCGGCAGCGUGGGUCUUCAUCGCCAUCGAAGUCGCGACGGCCAUUCCGUCCCUGAUGCACAACGCUUGGACCAUGUGGGCGAUGAAGAAGCGACAGAGGCCGAAGCUGAGACUGACCGGAAACGACGUCCCGACCGUGGAUGUGUUCAUCACCUGUGCUGGUGAAGAUGACGACGUCGUUCUCGACACCAUCUGUGGCGCGUGCGAUGUCGACUAUCCGCGCGACCGUUUCCGGGUCAUCGUGCUGGACGACGGUGGAUCGGAGACUCUGAAAGCGUCCGUCCACCAUCUGACCACCACGACCUAUCCCAAUCUCUACUACAGGGCCCGUCAGAAGAUUCCCGGAGUGCCGCACCACUUCAAGGCUGGAAACCUCAACUAUGGUCUCGAGCAGACCUAUCUGCUGCCUGGAGGACCAGGCCAGUUCAUGGCUGCCCUCGAUGCUGACAUGAUUCCUGAGCCAGAUUGGUUACGCGCCGUCCUGCCCCAUCUGCUUAUCGACGAUAAGAUGGCCCUUGCAUGUCCCCCACAGCUGUUCUACAACACGCCUCCCUCCGAUCCCUUGGCGCAGAGCUUGGACUUCUUCGUCCAUGUCAUUGAGCCCAUCAAGGACGCUCUUAAUGUCGCUUGGUGUACGGGAUCCGGUUACGUUGUUCGUCGCGAGGCUCUUGAUGAUAUUGGCAACUUCCCUCUGGGUUCCUUGGCCGAAGAUGUCGCGACGUCGACCCAGAUGCUUGGUAAGGGCUGGAAGACCGCCUAUGUGCACGAGCCCCUCCAGUUCGGUACGGUGCCCGAAGACUUUGGCUCGCAUCUGAAGCAACGUACCCGAUGGGCCAUUGGAACCAUUGAAACCGCCAUCAAGCUGAACUUCUGUCUGUAUGGUGACAAGGUGAAGAAGAUGACUGUCGCCCAGCGCUUCUCCGGAUUCCUCUAUGCUACUCUCAGUUGGUACACUAUCCUGCUCACUGCUUCUCUGUUCGCUAUCCCCAUUAUCCUUUUGUGGGGCAAGCCUCUCGUGGCCUUUUCAAACAUGGAACAGCUGCGGUGGCUCAUUCGGGCGUGCUUUGCCACGACCAUCAUGAACCGAAUUUGUGAAUUCGUCCUCUUCAUUCCCGCUGGCUACCACACCGGCCAGAGAGGUUCUCGAUACCAGCUCUGGAUGGCACCGUAUAUCGCGCUGUGCAUUGUCCGCUCGUUCCUGCUGCCAACGUGGCUAGGAGGCCAGACCCAGGCCUUCAAGCCCACUGGCUCUCUGAGCUCCGCUCUCGAGGAGCGUGACCCUCAGCGCCGCAAGAAUUUGUUCCGUCGGCUGUUCACUAUCCUUUUCAACUACAUGGCUGGUUUCCACUUGAUCUUCGUGUAUGCCACCUUGGUUGGAGCCGUGCUCGUCUCGUAUCGCUGCUUCUACGAAACGUCUGGAGUCAAGAAUACCCUCAUCUGCUUGCUCGUUCAUGCCUUCUGGCCUCCCCUGACCUUCCUGUUCCUCUGCACGUCCCUCUGGACGCCGAUCGCUUAUGCCAUUGAUCCUCCUUCGAUGCCUGACCGAGAGGCGCUGUUGAAGCGAGAUCCCAAGACUGGAGUCGCCCAUCCAACGGAGCGGAGCAAGAAGAUCGCAUUUGGAGCACAGUCUGCCUGGUUCGAGCUGGAGUACACUGUGGCUACCGCUUUCACAGUCGUGGUCUUCGUUUGGUCCUUCUGGUUGUAG